UAUAACAACAUGACGUAUCGGUGAUGUUAUUUCGUAUUGCACCCAAAGAUCGAUAUUGAUUUUUAUUGAUGGUUAUAUUUGUUGUCAUUUAAAAAUAAAGAUGAAGAACGAAAGAUUGCAAGGUAGUACUUGUAACCACUUGUAAGAUACUCUGUCACAGUAGUGAAAUAAAUUAUUCGAUUGUCUUGCUAUUAGCGAUAUUUGUGCGCAAUCUGCAAUGUUCGCCAUCUUUAUUUACUUGAAAUAAAAUUCAAUUAUCACAAUUGCUUAUCUAUUCGACUUAUCUCAUGAAAAGUCGUAUGGUAGAACUUUGUAUAUUGUUCAUCUAUUUUACGUACGUUCUAAAUAUGCAUCGAAUUCGAUUGGACAAUUUUGUGUCAAAAUUGUGGAGAUCCAUUGCGCUGACGAUCCAUCGGAGAUCGAUCACCGGCCGGAAUUCGCUUAUUUACGAGCCUAACGUUGCGGUAGCCAGAAAAAAUGGAUUACCGAUCGUGGCACUGGAAUCGACAAUUAUUACACAUGGCAUGCCGUAUCCUGAUAAUUUUAACACCGCGCUGAAAGUCGAAGAUGUGAUCAAAUCGCAGGGUGUUGUACCUGCAACAAUAGGAAUCAUAGAUGGAAAGAUACAUGUUGGCUUGAACAAUGAACAGUUGGAAACUUUGUCUAAAACAGAUUCUACAAAAACUAUGAAAUGUUCACGCAGAGACAUUUGUUCUAUUGUAUCGCAUGGAUUGAACGGCGGUACAACGGUGAGUGCUACAAUGUUAAUUGCACAUGCAGCGGGCAUUCCAAUAAUGGCAACAGGUGGUAUUGGUGGUGUUCAUAGAGGAGCUGAACUAACUCUUGACAUCAGUACAGAUUUAACUGAACUUGGACGCACACCGAUAGCAGUUGUCUGUUCUGGUGUUAAAUCUAUCUUGGAUAUUGGCAAAACCUUGGAGUAUUUGGAAACUCAAGGAGUACCAGUGAUAAAAAUUGGUGAAUCGCCAGAAUUUCCAGCCUUCUACUGUUCCGAGACUUUGGACAAAAUAAAAGCACCGUGUAGAAUUUCCAAUGCUAAAGAAGCAGCUGAUAUUAUGGAAGCACAGAGAACACUGGGCAUUAACACAGGGAUACUAUUUGCAGUUUCUAUUCCUGAAAAAUAUGCAUUGGAGCCUGGCAUUAUGGAUUCGAUUAUAUCAGAAGCUUUGAAAAAAGCCACCGUCAUGCGUAUUAUGGGUAAACAAAUAACGCCAUUUCUUUUGAACGAGCUCAACGAGAUUACACAAGGCCAAUCUCUUAAAGCAAAUAUAGGUCUCAUAGAGAAUAAUGCCAAGGUUGCGGCUGAAAUCGCCUUGAAUCUCUGCAAGAGAUCUUGGACAUCCUGCACAGAAUCUGCGUCUGCACGAUCAACAAUAUCAAGAGAAAAACCGGUAGUGGUCGGCGGAGCUGUCUUGGACACUGUCUUCCAGGUGAAGGAACCGCAAAUAACCUGUGACGGCAGAAUGCACGUUGGACGAAGCAGAGAAAGUUGCGGCGGAGUCGGUCGAAACGUUGCCGAUGCGCUCAUCAAGCUCGGCUUGGAAAACACGCGUCUGAUAUCCGUCAUUGGUAACGAUGAGCCCGGGAAGAUCAUUCUCGAGAGUCUAAAAGACGGAGGCAAGACGGUGAAAUGUAUGUCGAAAGUGACCACCCCGAGGUUUACUGUGAUAGUGGACACCGAAGGUGAAUGUCACUUCGGCAUCAGUGAAAUGGAAUCCUUCAGCGCGAUCACUCCAAAGUUAAUAAAAGAAUAUCAGUCGCAUCUCGAACAAGCUAGUCUCAUCGUUUUAGAUGGAAAUCUCGAAUUGGAUACAAUGCGCUGCGUGCUGGACAUAGCGUCGCGAACAAACAUACCAGUUUGGUACGAGCCUACAAACAUUCCACAUGCAGCAAAAAUAUUCGAAACUGGACAACAGUGGAGAAGGAUAUUGCAUUUUAUCUCACCAAAUUGGAACGAGUUAAAAGUCAUAGCCAAAUUUUUUAACAUCCCUACUGUUGAAAACAUGGAUUUGACAGCUGUGAGAAAUAUAGCUGAACAAUUGAUAGAAUACAUUCCGGUCGUUAUAACUACUUUAGGAUCACAGGGAGUAUUGGUGACACGCAAAGCUUCAUCACAUGAGCCCUUCUACAAUGAAAAUGGAGAACUGAUUGUUAAUUCUUCAAUUGCAUCUCGAUUGUAUCCCGUCGCAAAUGGUGCAGAGAAAUCAAAUGAAAUACUCUGCGUAAGUGGUUGCGGGGAUUGUCUUACUGCUGGAAUAAUAUAUGGAAUCCAUAAGAAUCUAGAUGAAGUUAAUUGUAUCUCUAUAGCUUUAAAAGCUGCUGCAUUAUCUUUGAGGUCUUUUGACACAGUUCCACAGACACUUGUAAUGCUCUCUCGUAGCAAUAAACAAUGAUUAAUACUAAUUUCUUUGUGAUGUAACUUCUUCAAUAUAACAACAACUGUAAUAAAUCAACGUUAAAAAUUU